AUGUUUAUCGCGGCUCUAAGGUCCGCCGGGCCGCGCAGCAUCGCGCCGCGGAGAUCGCUGAACCCGCUGCCAAUAAUAAGAGGUACGCGGUCAUUUUCGGACGACCCCCUCCUCAAGACCCUCCUCCGGAACCGCGAGCUCUCGCGUGAAGAAGCGGUGAACGAGCUGCGAUGGAUCCGAGAGGAGGCAAGAGAGGAUAUCCAGAGGCAGGCGGCAGCUAUCUUUGGGGUGUCGAUGCCGAAGAAGGAGGAUAUGGAGGCUAUGAGGGGGUUGGAGAGUGGGGUUGUGCUGGGGCUGGUGGAGCGGAGGGCGCAGGGCGAGCCGCUCCAAUACAUACUCGGAAACGUCGACUUCGGACCGCUCCAACUCAUCUGCCGCCCUCCCACCCUUAUUCCUCGCCCAGAGACCGCCCACAUCUUUACUCGCCUCUCCGAUGAGCUCAGAUCCGCCUCAUCAGCCUCCAGCGAGCACUUAUCCAUUGUCGAUCUCUGCAGUGGGUCCGGCUGUAUCCCCCUCUUGCUCUCACACACCCUCCAGGACCGCCUCGCCCACGCCUUCGGGUUCGAACUCAGCAGCAAAGCGCUUCAGCUCGCACGGGACAAUGCCGCAUCGCUUGGCAUCCGCAACACCUCUUUCUCCCAGCUGGACAUCCUCAGCCCGACGGCCGUCUCGGACAUUCUCGCGGCGACCAAAGGCAAGGUAUCGGUCCUCACUGCCAACCCGCCCUAUAUCUCCCAAGCCGAGUACGAGCAGCUGCCGGACUCGGUCAGGCGGUAUGAGGAUCCGCGAGCUCUGCUGGGGGACACCCAAGACGGGGACGGCGAGGGGCUGGCGUUCUAUGGAAGGAUUGCCGAUAUGUUGCCGGACCUGCUGCUGGACGACAAGGACAUGGCGGGGAAGGGUUGGGCAAGUGCCCCAAGAGUCGUAAUGGAGAUAGGCGAGAGUCAAGGGGAGGAUGUCUCGCAGAUCCUCUAUCAAGCUGGUGACGGAUCGAUGUUCACCCGCACCGAGAUCUGGCAGGAUCAGUACGGCAAGGAUCGGGCGGUGGUGGGCUGGAGCGGAUAG